AUGCGGGAGAAGGGGAACAGUGCUUUGACGUCUGUCACUAAACAGAACCCAGUACUCCAGUCAUUACCCCCGAUGGAGAGAUUGAGUGAGGAAGUGAAAGUGAAUGAAUCGACUUAUGGAUCUUCACAUGUCCACCUGAGUGAUGAGCUGAGUAAUUCCAGUCGUACCGCUGAGGAGAAUUCAACUCCCUGGAUCAAGGUCGCUACAAAGCGUGCUCGAACAGAAGACAGUAUUGGGAUGUCACUUUGGGCACUCAGAACGAUUAUUGUACAGUGCCAUACCAAACAAGAGGAAGCUCCUGAGACGACAGUGACAGGAAACCCUUUUCCUCUGGUGACUUUCAUCCGAUUGGGUACGCCACCACUGUCUAAAUCCAAGCUGGUAAACGAUGUUCUUAGAGAUGACAGUCAUGACACAUUCUUUCACAAAGAUUGCAUCAAUGGUACCAUACCCAGAAGGAUAACUGAUGGUCUUGUGGAAUGUACCUGGUUCAUUAAAGUCGGAAAAAAGAACGACCACCUACCAGGCACAACAAUGAUCCUAAAUUUGAGAGGUGAUGCCUCCUUGAUGAAGAAACAGAUGCAGAUUUUGCAGGAAAUAUCAUCCGUAAUAUUUGUUACAGCCAGUGCUAAAGACCUGAUAAGAACCCAAAACAUCACGACAUUCCAACAAAUUAGGAAAAGUAGUGAUAAAGUCAUCCUUCUUUUGAUCAGUGGAAAAAACAAACAGAUUACAAAGGAUCUACUAGCCUAUCAUGAAGCAUUACUGCAUGGGGUCCCUAUAAUUUCAUCGAGCACCCGCCAAGGUACUCAGAAAAAUGCCAGUGAGCUCAAGACUGAAGCUAGAAGAAAGCUGUCGGAGGCAAUAAGUGGGUGUCCUGUUAAAGUGCUGGAAGAGUGUGUUCGACAUGCAAGUGAUAUGGGGAUUGUCAUAGAUGAAAAUGAUGAAUCCUGUCUUGAAGGUAAGUCACUUGCAGAGGAUGUUGUCAGCCACAUGAAAGACCUACCUAUCGUUGAUUGUAAACCUCGCCUACUUCCGCUGCAAUGUGCUGAAUGGACUGAAUACUGCAAAUUGUUAAAGGGUCAACACAGAACGAGAGGACAGGUCACACAGUCGACAUCAGCAUAUCAAGAGGAAGAAGUGAAACAGAAUUUAGGCCGUCUCCGUGAAGAGCAGGUAAAAAUCUACAAAAAUAAAUCAACACAUUUCAUUCUAAACUUCAUGUCAACUCUGCGAAAGGACCCUGAUGGUACUAUGUAUUUCCUGAAGUGGAUGGACCUCUUAUUGAAUGAAAUAUCGAGAGCCAACAUACCAGGACUACGCAGACAGUAUUACAAAGCUUGGGCUGAAUUUAAGGACGUAAAGAAGAAACAGGAGAUGGCAAACAUGAAAGCACAAGUGGACGAUGCUGAGAGUCGUCUUGCCAGAGCAUCAUUUGGACUAAAAAACCUUUUCAGAGAACUUGGACAAAUUUACGAAGCAGUGAUGGGAUGCAGAAAUGUAGGACAAGACACUAGGGCAGAUGUGGAAAUUUUGCCAGAAAUAGCUGCCAAACUGUUGUUGAAGGGCAGCCCCUUGGAAUUAGUAGAUGGAGACACAUCAAGUGUCCCUAUUACAUGGGUGACUGCAGUGCUAAGUAAACUUGGAAACAUUAUCGGUGAAAAAAGGCUCUUUGUUCUCUCGGUCUUGGGCAUCCAGAGCUCUGGGAAAUCUACACUUCUAAACACCAUGUUCGGAUUGCAGUUCGCCGUAAGUGCAGGUAGAUGCACGAGAGGAGCAUACAUGCAACUCAUCCCUGUAGAUGGGGGUACUGAUCUUCCUUUUGAUUACGUUGUUGUUGUGGAUACUGAGGGGCUUCGGGCACCAGAACUACAACAACUUAUGUACGAGCAUGACAAUGAACUUGCAACCCUUGUAAUUGGUCUGGGAGACGUGACCAUGAUUAACAUCAAAGGAGAAAACACAGCCGAAAUGAAAGACAUUCUGCAAAUUGCAGUGCAUGCGUUCUUAAGGAUGAAUCGUGUCGGUAAACGCAUCCGGGAUCACAGAACUUGUUUAUUUGUUCAUCAGAAUGUCCCGUCAGCUAAUGCAGAAGAACUUAUGAUGCAUGGAUGUCAGAAAUUAGUGGAUAGUUUGGAUGAAAUGACAAAAGAAGCAGCCUUCAGUGAAAACAUAGCAAAUAUUCAUAGUUUCUCACAGAUUAUCAGUUUUGGGGUACAAAAUCAUGUCUGGUACUUCCCUGAUCUGUGGCAUGGUAAUCCACCUAUGGCCCCUGCAAAUCCGGCGUACUGUGAAAAGGUUUGUGCGGUCAGGUUGAACCUUUUGGGGGAGAUUGUAAAGAGGCAGAAAACAUUUCUGACUUCUUCAGAUCUGUCGAUUCGCCUUGAUGAUCUAUGGAAUGGCGUGCUUGCUGACGAUUUCGUCUUUAGCUUUCGCAACAGUCUUGAGGUGAAAGCAUACAACAGUUUGCAAUCCAAAUACUACACUUUGGAAUGGGAGUUACAAAACUCAAUGAAAUCAUGGCUACACUCUAAAGGGUUAAAGUUAGAAAUAUGUGAAUCUGUCGAUGACCUAGAAAGUUCCUUUCAGUCCCUCAUCGUCAAACUCUCUAAAGUUCUGACCAAAAUAGCUGAGAAAACCAAAUAUUGUUUGAAGGAUUACUUCAAGGAAUGCAACUUGCGGGACAUAAUUAUCCAAUGGCAGCAGUCCAAGCUGAACCAACUGAGCACUGCAGUUGAGCAACAACAGAUUGAGGGCAGGGCGGAUCUACUUUCAAUCAAAGAAGCACGUCGAGUAGAAAUAAUGCAGACUCAGAAGUGGUCAAAGCAUGAGGCACAUAUCAUGAGCAAAGCAGUGGAACUGGCAGAGAUAAUGAAAGGUAAAGAAGUGACUGAUCCCGAGCAGAGAAAGAAGUUUGAUAACAUGUGGGUGUCAAUGGUACACGAGCUUGCACCAAAGACCGAAGACAAGGAGCUGCAAAUGGAUUUAGUGAUGGAGGAGAUUCUAUUCCAAAGAUUUCAUGCACAUGGAGCUUUACUUAGAGAUGAACUUAGACACCAUCCUUUGAAUAUUCCACUUGAGCAUACAUCCUUAGAAAGCAGUAUCACUGUAGAUGAUGUCAGACAGGAACAUGUCACUUUGAAAACGUCCUUGUUGAAAAAUAUCGAGAGCCUGGCUGAUGAAAAUAAUCGAGAAUUAGAGGCUGCAAGACAGAUGACAUUGGUGCUGACAAGAACUAUCUUGAAAGAAAUUGACACUUAUUUAAAAAGACUUUCUAAUCGGGACAUUAAAUUCCAGAAAACGCACGCUGCACGAGUCGUACAAACACUCAUGGAGAAUAUUGAAACUCAUAAUCAGAAUCCGCAUGCUUCCAAUGACUACAAUUUCACGAUUAUCCCUGGAUAUGCCGUUAAAUUAGCAGUUCAUGUAAGUCGUCACUGUAUCGAGGUGUUCAGCUCAAUGCAAUUAAAGUAUAACAACAAACAUGGUGUGAAGGCCAAGCUACAAGUCUACAAGAAUACUGCCUGGAGUCUUUUCAAGAACAAGGUCAAGCAGAGCACUGAAGAGGCCCUGGUAGGCGACCUCUUAUGCACACAUUUGAAGGGAGUUGUUCAAAAGGCAGUGAGGAAAGCAAUUACAAGAAAAUGCAUUGAUGAAGUUCUCAGAGACUUACAGAUGACCAAGUACUACCUGCUAGUAAAAAUGAUGGAAGACCUAGCUGAGAACGGAAACUUUAAGGAAUAUGAAGCUUACGUCAGCAACGCCGAAAGUUAUGCUUUCACAUGGAUUACUACGUACACAAAUGAUAAGAUGUUUUCCAGACAAGGUGUAAAUGGCAUGACCAAGUAUGAAGAAAUAGCAAAGGGCUAUAUUGCAAAUAUCAUACAAUGCAUUGUCAAAAGUGUCCGCCAUGCAACCAAUGAGGUCAAGGGGCAGAAGGGAAUGAGGAUGGCACUGUGGAUUAAAAAGUUCUGUAAAGGAGUCUCGGAGAAGAUAGUAGUACUAGAAAAUACCCUGAGCUUUGUGAGUACUCGAUUAGUGGUGGAUUUCAACAAUCUACAAAGGACUAUUCUGGACCAGUUGACUAAUAUUAAAUAUAGUCUGGAGGAGGCUUUUGCCAAUGAAACCGAACACUCUAUUGACUGGGAUGGGACACCUCCAGCACGUCAAAUUCUAUACAGGAUCUGGGGAUGUUCUGAACAGUGCCCAUUCUGUGGAGAGCCCUGCACAGACACCACACCAGACCAUUAUUCAUUAUAUGGGAGGAGGCACAUGUGUGUUCAGCACAGACCAAGGGGAUUUGUAGAAGUACUUUUUGUUGGUGACGGUGUUUAUGAUGAGGUGCAAACCGGCAAACAGCAGCUGCUAAAUAAGACAUGUAACUACUUCAUACAGGGGAAGGACAUGAUGUUCGGCUGUGACGCUUGUGAAUACAAGUGCCGAGCUUCUGGCAAGUGUUCAACUACUGGCACUAAUAUAGUCUCCCACAAAUAUGCAGAAUACAAGACUUACUUUCCGGAUUGGGACAUAGCUCCUGAUUCCAUCAACAGUAUGUCCAAAUAUUGGAUGUGGGUUAUGGCAAACUACAAAUUGUACAGAGAUUCAUUCGUUGACGUACCUCAGUCAUGGAGGUCAAUAACAAAGGAGGAAGCCCUAGCUGACCUCCAAAAAAUCCAUCAUUAG